UCCAAAGAAGUAUUAUAGUAAAAGUUUGAUGACUGAAUUGCAAACGUGCCCCAACACCAGUAUACCAUCCCCUUCGUUGCCAGCACUUCCCGUCUUCCCAUCGCCGUCGCCCGCCGUCUCCCCGUCUCGGUCGCCGACUCCUCCCAAGGGCAUUCUUUGAUCGUCGUUGGAGGAGAGGAGUGGGGAUGUCGGACGAGGAGCACCACUUCGAGUCGAAGGCCGACGCUGGCGCGUCCAAGACCUACCCGCAGCAGGCCGGCACCAUCCGCAAGAAUGGGUACAUCGUCAUCAAGAACCGCCCCUGCAAGGUACCCAACCAUCCCUCUCCAUCGGUCACUCUCUCCGCGCGCCAAGUUGUCGUUGCUCCUGAUUUAGAUCUCGAUCUGGCCGCUGCAGCUAUGGUUGUGGAGGUUUCAACCUCUAAAACUGGGAAGCAUGGUCACGCCAAGUGCCACUUUGUUGCUAUCGACAUCUUCACUGGCAAGAAGCUUGAAGAUAUUGUGCCAUCUUCGCAUAAUUGUGAUGUUCCUCAUGUGAAUCGUACUGAAUACCAGCUCAUUGAUAUAUCUGAGGAUGGAUUUGUUAGUCUUCUGACGGAAAAUGGUAACACCAAAGAUGACCUGAGGCUCCCAACUGAUGACACCCUGCUUGGUCAGAUCAAGGAUGGCUUUGGCGAAGGGAAGGACCUGGUGGUGACUGUCAUGUCUGCCAUGGGAGAGGAGCAGAUCUGUGCGCUGAAGGACAUUGGUCCCAAGAACUGAUAUCGUGGCAUAUAUUUUCUUGCAUGUCUGCUGUCUUUCAGUUAAUAUUGUGUUGGGUACUAGGGGCAAGGCUUGCUGAGAAUACACUUACACACACUUGCAACCAGUAGGGAAUUGUAUCGCAGAACUCUUGCCUGAUCGUCAUAAGAUUUACUGAAAGGUUUAAAACCUUUCAGUAUGGAGUGGAUUGUGCUUAAGAUGGAAAAAUAGUCCGUUAUGAUGAACCGUGUACUACCUUA